CACGCUCACGCACACGCACACGAAACGUGGAGAAACAUUGAACAAUUCCGAGGACCUUUCCGCGAAUUUCGCUCCGAUUCGUGUUUCUCAAGCUAAUAAUAUCAAAUCUACGUGAAUAUUCAAACUUUACACUGGAAAUCUUUUGAAUGUUAAUGGUCUUGACGCGUCCAGGGUGUAGGGAUUUCGCGCGAUUCGACACACAACCAACCGAUUAUCCGCAAAAUGCAAAUAUUUUCUUAUCGAUUCGUUCGAUUCUAUGCUCCGAGACAUGCUCGCCGAUAAAACGAAUAUCCGCCUCGAAAGAUCGGUCGCGAAAGAACAAACACGACAUGUUAACACCACCGGGAAGAUGAUGAAACUCUCGAAGCUUGGUUUUCUUGUGCCGGUAGUUCCUCCGAGAUAUCUGGCACGAUUAAACGCACCGAUUUACGCUCGUGUCGCGUCAAAACUAUUAAUACUCGUUUUAUAUAAUAUAUAUCUACAGGAACUCUAUACGAACAUUAGGCUAAUUUGACAAACAUUUCGGUGUUAAAACUGGCGGAAAUUGGAGCGAUCCGAGCGAAGCAACGGGCAUAUCCGUUACGGGACAACAGGACGCGGUCGAUUGGAAUCGCGUACGGCAAUGUUUUGGUCUCUGAAAGCCUUAGCGCGUUUCAUCGAGUACCUAAAUAUAUUUUGUAUCGAGAGAAAUCGGGUGUUCAAUCAUACGAGUUAUACGUAAUGCUGAAGAAAGUGAGGUACGAAGGGUGCUGAGUAACGAAGAUUAAAGGUAUUAUUUUACUAAACAAAAAUGUAGGUGCGUGUGCGCUCACAGAAAUACAUAUGUACGUGACACAAACGAGCAAACGGUAAUUCGUACACAUUCGUGUUCAAGAAUAAAAAGGAUGUAAGGCGCCGUACACAAGUUUGUUCGAUUAGCGUCUCAACGUACGGCAUCUUUUUAAUUUGUAAAAAGUACUAUAAGGGUAGAUUCAGAGCCUGAAGCGAACACGCGUUCGAAGUCAUGUUGACAGAGGACCGAUUCUUUCAUUUCAACGAUCGCUUGUUUACGUGAGAGAGCGAGAUCACCUUUAAUUUCAACGCAAAUCUAAAUUUAACACUGCCUGUGAUAUCGAAAGCAAUCUUAUUCUCGCGGCCAUGAAUCAUUCCAAACAUCUCAAUGAGUAUUACUACGUAAUAGAGGGUCAAGUUAAUAGCUGUCUGUGUUGUCCAUGGUUAAUAUCGAGCACGAGAGUUUUAUCGUCCUGAUACGACGUGAUUUCGAGGAUGCGUUCAUCGAAAAUCCUGUCAGCCUCUUUUAAACUCUGAACCUAUGCCGAUAGCACUUUAUAAAUGUUAAAAAGAAUAGCCUGGUUACAGACGAGCGGUAUACUUCGAGGUUAUCUCUUUGGCGAAAUAUUUUGAAUCGAUCGAGGUGAGUUGAGCGAGUCGUCGAGUUGCACGAGAAGAUGCGACGUUACCAACGAGUGGAAUCCACCGAAAUUCUUAACGUCUGUUCCCACGCAAAAUGUUGAUUUUGCUGAGCUUACAGAUACUGAGCGAAUAUUAAAUGUCUUGUUAAGAAAAAAAAAAAAAAGAACAAAAAGAAAACGGAGUAAAAACAUCUUUAGAGAUAUCAAAACCCAGCAAACCUAUCACUCAUUCCCUACUUCUAUGUUUCAUCUUUUACUCGGGGAGAAUAGAAUUAAAAUACGGGUGAAGGAUAUCGUCUCUGCGAGCCCCUUCCUGUAUAUGGUUUCUAGCCUUCGUCCGUUUACGUAAGGCGACGAUCCAGCCAAGUUCAGCGAUCUAACGGCGCAACAUGAAAGAUCGUACAGUAGGUAAAAACGCGAGUUUUUAUUUACGUUGUUGCACGAAAUAGUCGAAAGCAUUGGAAUCCCGUUGGCGAUCGAACGGUUGCUCGAAAUUGAAUUUGAUCGUUUUUUCGUUAGCUACGUUUCUCGUUUUAAUCGGACACGCGCGAGAUAACAGGCGAGAGGUUAGAUACGAAGAAUCUCGAAGAUGAAAGAACACUGGGAAAAGUCAGAUGUAAAUCACGGGAGAUAAAUCCGUCGUAUCGUAGAAAGUACACGCGCGUGGGUAUCUGUUCUCAUACGAUAACGUACGCGGAAUUACGCGAUAGCGCGUGGAUGCGCGCGUGUAUAUCUUAUUUACAAACGACAAAGUCCUUUCUCUCUCGUACAUUCAAAGAAAAAGCAGCUGUUGGAUUAUGAAAUCGUUACGUGGUACGAACGAUUGGUGCAGAGUCGCGCAUUAGAACGGAAGGUCCCAUCGGGACGCUCUUCGAGGUACAUAAGAUGAGCCAAGUUGAGUCUAGAAAAACUCCGGGUACUUUCAAACAGGGUUCUCGAUCGAAACCUGGCCGUUCGCCAGCGAUCGACUACGAAAGGCCAAUGACCCUCCCUCGAUAUCGUUCGAUUUGUCGUUCAUCCGAGUUCGAAGAACGAGACCGAGAUGGCGAUCCACGUGUCUAGUAAUGUAGAUUAUGAGCAGGAUAGGAGAGAGAAGAUUCAGGGCAAACCUGACGAUCUUUGAACCUAGCACUGCUUCGAUCGAGGAUCGGAAUCGAGAUCGGUCGCGAACAGAACGGAAUGAUGAUCACGUCGUGUCGACUGUUGACUACUGGGCACACGGAAUGCGAUGGGUUCGGUACGAAAGGACCAAUGAAUAAAAGGAUAAAAUGUCAGCGCGACUCUGUUGCUACCUACAAAAGAGCAAACGCAUCCUAUUAGCGGUUCAGAGAUCGUAUUGUUUGCCCGCGUGCCCUUAAAAGAGCGAAAUCUCAUCCAUCGUAACGACGUUGGCCUUUGAAUCGCGUGGCAAACGGAUGACGAUAAAUCCAGCCGUCUCCGCGUCCCCACACGAUCGAGAGAAAAUAAGCGCAAACCAAUACGCGAGUCUCACGCGCGACCGCAUAUGUCUUAUGCGAGCAAUUCAUCGAGAACGUGCAACAAUCCGUGUAUCCUAAGAGAUUUACAAUGCAAAGCGUCCCUUCCGUGGGAUUCCUCUAUUACCUCGAAACUAUGCAUUAUCGUCAUUCGAUAACAAAUCUCUCGUAGAAAAACUGUAAAACUUCAUCCACCCUGUCGAGUAGGCGCUUACGUUUCGAAAUACUGUUAGAGGCUCGAUUAAUUUCCCAAGUAACUUGUAUCGCUUUGUAAACACCGUUUCUUCUCAUCCUUUGAUACCACUUCGUCCUUGUAUUUAUUUAUCUAUUUAUUAUAUUAAACUAAUCGUCGCUAAGUGAUGAAAAUGUUGACACUUGGUUGUUUGCAAACCAUAUCGUAAUCAUAAAAGAAAUUGGACAAAAUCUUGAAAUCACGCUCCACGUUUCUAAGACAGCGUACUUUUGGAUGAAGUGAAUUUAAAGAAUUGAAAGAUCUUCAAAAAGGAUCUAAUCUAUAGAAGAACAGUUCGUAAUUAAGAGGUGAGGAGUUUGAUGAGGAAUGAUCGAAAAGGAAGGAGAUUUAGAUUUCUGUGAGAUGCAAUAGAAGUUAUAGAGAAGAGAAAAAUAUGAGUACCAAACUGAGUCUGGUUGAAAGGACGUACGAGCGAACGAGAUUCGUGAUCCCUGUGGUUCCCUGCGACAAUCGACAGUCUCAGAGGGGGAAAAAAGCAUCGUCCUUGCAUAGAGCUAGUGGCGGCUAUAUAAAAGCGGACAGAGCGAAGAUGCACAGACGUUAGUGACUUCUGAAAUCCAGCAAUAUCAUCGCGAGUGCCUUGGGGGAUGCCAUUUAAAGUGUCAUCAGUGUGAUUAAUCUAUGGUGAUGAUGACCACCCGGAAAAUUGUGCCUCAGUCGCUGAUUCUCUGGCUAAUGAUUCUCGGCACGUGGCGUUGCACCGGUGAAAAGUUAUCACCCGAUCAGAAGGCGCCUUUGUUUGCUCGUGGUUCUGGCGGACUGGCUUUAAACACGCCGUUCGAGGAUAAUAAAGCUAGGAAUCGUCCGAAUUUGAACGUAAAUGCGCCAGUGGACGACGUACAAAAAGAAGAAACGGAAAUGCUGAAAUUGGUGGACGGUGAGCUAGUGCGAACUGUAAAAGGGAGCUUCUCUUACCAAAGCCCGGAAGGCCUUCCCAUCUCUGUCAAGUAUGAGGCUGACGAAAACGGAAAUAGAGCCAGCUUCAAGUUUGGUACCGGCGACGCAAGUAGUGGCAGUUUGUCCCCGGCUGGUCGUAUUUCUGGAUCAGGAGGCCAAAAUGGACAUGGCGGUGGUCAGGAACCGAACGGAUCUAAAGGCUACCCACCAUCGAAAGGCAUCGGCAGAAGUUACCUACCGCCACAAUAGAGAAACAUCAGAACUUUUUUCGAUCAAACAUUACUAACAAAUCUUCGAUGCUCCAAUAUUAUCUCAGUAAAAAAUUGUCUCAUUAUCCUGUAAUAUAAUUUAUGGAAAUUUAUGUUAUUAAUAUUAUACUAUAUAUUAAUAUUAAUAUUAUAAUUAUAUAUAUAUAAUUAUAUACAUUAUAUUAUAAUUAUAUACAUUAUAUUAUAAUUAUAUAUAUAAUUAUAUACAUUAUAAUUAUAUAUAUUACAUUAAUAUCAUAAUUAAUAUAAAAGAUA